UUAUCUUUUUAUUAAUAUGAAUUUGUAGGAGUUGCUUAAUAUGUCCAACACUCACAUCUAUUUUUCUUAUUUUUGUAAAUAGAUUUUCAUUAUUUAUUUUUUGUGAUCAUAAGAGAGUUGAGUAACCUUAGAUUCUUCCCUCAUGAUAUUUUUAUUUAAAUUAGAUGAAUUAAAUGUUAUAAAAUGAAGAAUCAAAACUAUUGGUUCAUGUGAAUCAUAUAUUAUAUGUCAAAAUAUUCACUCACAAAGUAUUUGUCAAAGUGUCUCAAAGAAGAAACUUGAUGGCAAACAUAAACAGCACGAAGCUUUUGUGUGGCGGAGCUUCUCAAGGACAGGGGGGCCCGCGACCAACCCAAGGAAAAAAAAAAUUAUAGAUAAAAUGACUAAAAUGCCCAUAUUAAAACUAAAGAAUUACAAGAAUACCUAAACCUAAUUCAAUUUUCUCUUUCUUCUUCUCUCUUCCAUCCAGCCUCUCUCCUUCUCUGUUCUCUUCUCUGAUUCCCUCCCUCUUGCUUACAAGUUACAGCCGUCCUCUCUCCCUCUUCCAUAAUCAGAUUCACGAAUCAAUCACGACAAACGCGCGACCGCCUCUGCUUGCUGCGGGCCUGCGGCGGCCGCCUCUGCCUGACUGCCUCCGUGGCCGUUCCGUCCGUUCGUCGCUCUCGGGCCUGUUCGCUGCAACUGUCCAGAUCGCCUCUGCCUGACUGCUUUGUUCGCUGCAACUCUCAAAAUUCAUUGGAACCUCAGAGAGCAUGGUCACUCAAAAAAGCCAAGCUGAAAAGCCAUCUUCAUCAGCUGCAGUUGCCACUUCAUGUCGAAAGAAAAAGCAUGAAGAAGCUGAAUUCUUGGAGGAUAUCAAGGAUCACAUUGACGAGUUUAUAAAUGCUUCUAUGGAUGAACACAAAAUCUGCUUUCAGAAAACAAUUAAAAAGAUGUUCGGUUUGUCUAAGGUAGUUGCUGAAGCAAACUCCAAGGCUGCAAAAGAAGUUGAAAGUUCUUUGCCUCUUCAGACAGUUUUAAAAGAUUAAAUUUAUUAUUUUUGAACGACUAGGUUUAGCCGAGACUUUAACAUAACAGAUAGACGGCAGAGGGAAGAAUUUUUUUGGUUGUCACAUUACUUCCUUUUGAAUUGUAUGACUGUGUUGGGUUUUCAUUAUGAGUGGUACGCCUAAGAGAUCUCACGAAGAGUCUGUUCACCCAUCUUCAAAACACCCGCAGCUUGAAGAUGCGGCUGGUGCAUAUUCCAAAUUGGUGUCCUCGUCAGUUUCAAAUGACUUUCAUAUGCCUUAUGAUAUAGGUCAGGAUUCGCGGGCAGCAAAAGUACCUCGUGAUGCAGAUAGAAGAUCUCCUCUUCAGUCAUUGUAUAGGAUACCAUCAUCUUCUAAUGAUCCUCAUGCCGAUCAUCCUAUUGGUCCCGAAAACAGGUUAGAAUCAAGGGAUCUCCGGUUUGAGAAUCGUGAUACAAAAACAGAGAAGGAGUUGUUUGGAGAAGCAAGAAGGGAUAUUUUUAUUUAAAUUAGAUGAAUUAAAUGUUAUAAAAUGAAGAAUCAAAACUAUUGGUUCAUGUGAAUCAUAUAUUAUAUGUCAAAAUAUUCACUCACAAA